UGUCGGCGUAGCAGCCUACAUUCGCGUACGGCAAAAAUGGCGUCUUACCCGUGCGAACGGUAGGUGAUGGAGAGGCGGUGCGGGGAGUAGAUGGUCGUGCACUUCAGCUGCGUGGACUUUGAGGGGUUUUGGACAGAAACUUGUGCCGAGCAGGACGGGACCCGGCCGCCAUGGCGUCCCAGGGGGUGGCGCUGCAGCAGAAGCUCGGCCGCAUGCUCAGCAAGUCGGUGGGGAAACCUGUGCUGAAGCCCAACAAGCCGCUGGCCCUCAAGGACGAGGUGGCGAACCGAAAGCUGAAGAAAGGGGAGGCCACGUGCAUCACGGAGAUGUCGCUACUGAUGGCGUGUUGGAAGGAAAAUGACUUCAGCGAUGCAGCUUGCUCCAGCGAAGUACGGGCCUUCUUCAAGUGUGCAGAAAAAGCAGAGGCUGCAAGGAAAGCCGAGAAAGGAACAACAGUUGGCCAGAAAGGAAUCCUGCACCCAAAACAGGCCAACUCCUUGCUGAGACGGUACCCCAACCACUAUAAAGAGAUUUAGAAUCAUCUUAGUUCUGCCCUGUCGUGUACAGACAUUCUCUUUUAACUUGGGGGUUUUCUGUGUAAAAUUGUAACCGGUAGGUGAGGACUCAUUGGGCAGAACUACACUCUUCACCAACCCUGUUUAAUUCUCCCAGAUGCUGAAUGGAUUUAUUUCCAUGUACAUGCUGUGUUGCUCUAGGGAAAAGAAAUGUUUUCACACUUUUUGUAUGGAAGUAGAGAGUCAUUGAUGUACCGUUAUAGUAGGAUCCUUUAUUUGAAAUAAAAAAGCAAAUACAACUAAAAAAAAAAAAUCAUGAGCACUUUGUUGUCUUGGUGGUGUACAAAUGGGAACCGGG